UGUCUGUGUGUGUGUGAGGGGAGGGGAUGCUCAGCAGCUGUAGGCGGGCAGCGACAGAAGGCGACAACUCCACAACUCGACUGGCUGUUCCUCCAAGCCUGGCAAGAUGCGAAGUUUAUUCUCAGUGACGCUGCUGCUGCUCCUGGCCCUGACGCUCACCACUGAGGCCUCCAAAAAAGCCAAAAAUCACAAAGGCAGUAAACAUGAGUCCCGGUCCAGACCUGCCUCAGAGUGCACCCCUGCAGAGACUCAGUACGGGAAAUGUGUCCCAGAACACGGAGACUGUGGAGACGGUCUGAGAGAGGCCACAUGUAAGGAUCGCACUGACAAGAUUCACUGCAAGAUCCCCUGCAACUGGAAGAAGGACAUCAGUGACUGUAAGUACAAGUUCGGUCCUUGGGGGGCGUGUGAUGCUGCCACCAACACCAAGAGCAGAUCAGGAACCUUGAAGCGAGCGUUGUUCAAUGCCGACUGUCAAACUACAGUCAAGGUGUCCAAACCCUGCUCCCCCAAAGUGAAAAAACCAAGAGGGGAAAAGAAGUCAAAUUAAAGGGCGGAAAUGAGACGCAGAAGACGGCAGGAUUCCCAUCUCUUCCACCGCUGAUCAAUCGUCUUCCCUCUUUCAUCAAACACAAACCGAGAGACUCCUCCAAAACACAUUGACCACUUUCAUUUGUUUAGACUUUUACUUUUGUUUUCCCCCAUUCUGCUUUGACAUUUCUGUGUUUCUUUGGAUUAAGCAUGGAAAGCUUUUCCAGUCUUCCCCCACUAGGUAAUGAUGAAUAAUCCUGUCCUCCUAGCUGAUAGUUUGUUUUAACAGUAAAGCUCAGAUAGGCCUAAAUGCUUUUAUAGUAGCAGAUCAGAAGUUAACAUCGAAGCAAUGCUUGAAUCCAGUGUGAGAACCUCAUUUGCUGGGUUUUAAAGAGCCUGUUUUUAGACAAGUUGAGAAAAAUGUAAAAACUGCGGAGAUGUUAGUAAAGUUCGGAUGGAGAAUCCUCUAUAAAAUCUAUUUUUUGAACUAUAGAUUAUUGACGUUGCAAGAUGAAACUUGUAUAAAUGGACAAAUUAAAUACUGUACAUUGUUUUGGUGAA